AUGCGUUUCAAUAUCCUGGUGGGCUUCGGCCUUCUGGCAGCCGAGACUGCCCUUGCAGUCCCCUGCCCACCGGCAAGCACCGCAACCCUCGAUGUGACUACUACUGUUCUGUCAACGAUGAAUGUCACUGAUGCGGCGACGGGCACUAUUACAAUGACGGACACUGUGCUUGAGACCAAUAUCGUUAACACAACGGCCGUUGUGACCUCUACAGAGGUGGAUCUUGUUGCUGUGACAAGUACUGCAACUGUCAACGCCACAGAGACUGAGUUUGCUACUGUCAACUCAACGGUCAUGUUCACUUCUACAGAGACUGAUCUGGCCACUGCCACUGCCACCACAACUGCAACUGUCAACUCUACUGCUCUGUUUACCAUUACAGAGACAGAGGAGGUGACCAGCACCGAGACUGAAACUGUUAACAACACAGCUCUGUUCACGACCACUGAGAUUGAUGUCGAGACUAGCACCGAGAGUGCUACAGUCAACUCUACGGUACUAUUCACGUCCACAGAGACCGACUUCACCACGUCGACCGACGCAACUACAGCUACAACUGUUGUCUUCGUCACAAACUCAACUACCGUGACCCAGACUUCUACUGUCAAUGCUACAGAGACAGCCUUUGAGACUGAUACAGUUUUCACCACUGCUACAGUGAACACUACUGCAACUGUCAAUACCACGGCUACAACCGUUGAGACCAACACGGCUUUCGUUACUUCUACUGUUGAUACCACUGCAACUUUAAACACCACGGCCACGGAUUUCGUCACUGCGACCGUCAACACUACAGCCACUGCAUUCGAAACUGAUACAGCUUUCACUACUGCAACAGUUAAUACCACCGAAACAGUCAGAACGACAUCGGUAGUGUUUGCAACAGCAACGAUUAACUCCACAUCUACAGAGUUUGUUACUUCAACUGUCAACACUACUGCCACUGCUUUCGAAACAGAUACUGCGUUUACUACAGAAACUGUAAACACUACAGCAACUGCGUUCGAAACCGACACAGCUUUCACUACUGCAACUGUUAAUACUACCGCAACAGUGAACACCACAGCUACAGCCUUCCAGACUGACACGGUGACCUCAACUGUCAACAGUACUGCCACAGUCAACACGACAGCAACAGCUUUCGAGACUGACACUGUUUUCACUACUGCAACUGUCAACGCUACCGACACGAGCACCGCCACUGUGACAACAACACAGACUGUCUUUGUAACCGCUACCGAAACUCCCACCGAUGUGACAUCUACAGAGACCAACACUGAGACUCAGACUGUCGAUGCGACUUCUGUAGUGACUGAUACUGUUAACUCAACUUCUACAGUAGUUGUUACUGCUACCGUGACAUCUACUGUUGAUACUCCGGCCUCAAGCGCCAGCGCGACUCCUACGUCCGAUCCCGUCGCUUCACCAAGCCCUGUUUCUUCGGACCCGGUCAGUGCUUCCGGAGCCGCAUCUACUACAACCGUAGUAGUAGCCACAACGGAUACUACGAGUGCUGCUGGCACACCUGUUGCGUCAGUGUCCACAUCUUCUGCCGCUGCAUCCUCACCACCGGCUUCAUCUGCUGACGAUGGUUCAGCUCCAUCCUCCUUAGCCGCUCCAGCAACCUCCUCUCCAGCUGCUACUUCAUCUCCCGCAGCCGUUUCCUCUGACCCUACAUCUGAAGCUACUGGAGCCGCUUCUGGGGCUGCUACUACUACAACCACAGUAGUAGCACCCGUGGAUACUACGACUGCUGCUAGUGAUUUUGUUGCUUCAGACCCUACGUCUUCCCCAGCACCGGCCUCUUCUGAUCCUACUUCUGCCGCCACAGGAGCUCCUACUGGAGCUGCCACAACUACAGUCACUACGAGUGCCACAACAACUCCUAUUGCUGAAGAUCCAACUUCGGCAGUAGGUCCUUCAUCUGCCGCGGUCCCUUCUGCAGAAACUACUGAGACUACUACCGCCACUGGAGCUCCUACUGUCGCGACAACAACAGUCACUACAAGUGCUACAGCAACCCCUGUUGCUGAAGACCCAACUUCAGCAGCAGAUCCCUCGUCUGCUGCGGUCACUUCUGCAGAGCCUUCUACUGAGCCUACUGCAACUGCUACUGGAGCAGCUACCACUUCAAGUGCGGUCGAUGGCGCCCCCGUCGAUGACACCCCUACGCCUUCAGCUGAUUCUACCGACUCUGCUACUUCGACCGAGGAACCUACUGCCUCCGCCACUUAG